AAACUCUACUUAUAAUUUCUCUCCUUCCACACAUCUUUCCCACAAUCCCCAUUUCCACACCCCCUAUUUAAAGCAAAAAGAGAAACACUAAGCAAAAUAUUAUGAGAAGGAGAGCUAUUCUUCAAAACAGCAACAAGCAGCUCUGAACAACAAAAACUUAAGAACUGGUCCUUGAGUUUGCUUACCAUCUCAGCCUUCUUCAACAACUCUCUAGAAUUCAACUCAUUACCUAAAAACAUUUAUGUUUUAUAAAGACUGGGUUUCUUGAUUCUGAGCUUUCAACAACCCAAACAAAGUACAUUCUCAGAGUUAAUUCUUUGAAUUCGUUUUCUGAAAGGUGAGAAUUAAAUUGGAUAAAGAUGGACGGAUUAGGGAGAAGUAUAAGUAGGAGUAUGAGCAGAACGAAUUGGGGAAUGGAAGAUGUGUUUUCAAGAUCAUCAAUGUCAAAUAGGCAUGUGAAUGAUGAUGAAGAAGCAUUAAGAUGGGCAGCUUUAGAGAAAUUACCAACUUAUGAUCGAUUAAGAACUAGUAUUUUACAAUCGUACGUCGAUAAUGAACAACAACAACAUCAGAAUCAGAAUAAUCGACAGCAGGUUGUUAAUAAAGAAGUUGAUGUUCGUAAUUUGGAUGUUAAUGAGAGAUUAGCUUUUAUUGAGAGGAUUUUUAAAGUUGCCGAAGAAGAUAAUGAAAAGUUCUUGAAGAAAUUCCGAAAUCGUAUCGACAAGGUUGGAAUCAAGUUACCAACAGUGGAAGUAAGAUAUGAGCAUUUAAGAAUUGAAGCAGAUUGCCAUGUUGGAGGUAGAGCACUUCCAACAUUGAUAAACACAGCAAGAAACAUAGCUGAAUCGGCUCUUGACACAGUUGGAAUCAGUUUGACUAAAAGAACCAAGCUCACUAUUCUUAAAGAUGCCUCUGGAAUUCUAAAACCUUCAAGGAUGACACUCUUGUUAGGUCCUCCGUCGUCCGGUAAAACGACUUUGUUACUCGCGUUAGCCGGAAAGCUCGAUCCUGGUCUAAAGGUAAAAGGAGAGAUAACUUUUAAUGGGCAUAAACUCAAAGAAUUUGUACCGCAGAAAACCUCAGCUUAUAUCAGUCAAAAUGAUGUUCAUAUUGGAAUAAUGACUGUUAAAGAAACUUUAGAUUUCUCGGCAAGAUGUCAAGGGGUUGGAUCACGAUACGAUUUGUUAACGGAGUUGGCAAAGCGAGAAAAAGAUGCAGGGAUAUUCCCUGAGGCCGAAGUUGAUCUCUUCAUGAAGGCCACAGCAGUUGAAGGAGCUGAGAGCAGUCUUAUAACUGAUUACACUCUAAAAUUACUGGGGCUAGAAGGGUGCAGGGAUAUCAUCGUCGGAGACGAAAUGAUUCGAGGAAUAUCCGGCGGCCAAAAAAAGCGAGUAACUACAGGGGAAAUGAUAGUAGGGCCAACAAAGACAUUGUUUAUGGAUGAGAUAUCGACAGGGUUGGACAGUUCAACAACAUUUCAGAUAGUCAAGUGUUUGCAACAAAUUGUGCAUUUGACUGAGGCCACCAUUUUGAUGUCACUGCUUCAGCCUGCGCCUGAGACAUUCGACCUAUUUGACGACAUUAUUUUGUUAUCCGAAGGUCAGAUUGUUUACCAGGGUCCACGUGAACACGUUGUCGAGUUCUUCGAAUCAUGUGGCUUCCGGUGUCCUGAAAGGAAGGGUACUGCUGAUUUCCUUCAAGAGGUAACAUCAAGGAAAGAUCAAGAACAAUAUUGGGUAGACAAGAAUAAACAGUACAGGUACAUACCUGUUAGCGAAUUUGCAAACCGGUUCAAGAGGUUCCACGUUGGUCUACGUCUAGAGAACGAGCUAUCAAUCCCAUACGACAGGAGCGUCAGCCACAGAGCAGCUUUAAUCUUCAACAAAGAUUCAGUCCCUACUAAAGAACUUCUCAGAGCAAAUUUUGCUAGAGAAUGGCUUCUUCUACAAAGAAACUCAUUUGUGUAUGUUUUUAAGACAGUUCAAAUCAUCAUAGUUGCCCUCAUUACGUCCACCGUGUUCUUAAGGACUAGAAUGAAAACAAGGAACCAAGAGGAUGGUGGACUCUUUAUCGGUGCUCUCAUCUUUGGCAUGGUCACUAAUAUGUUUAAUGGGUUUGCUGAGCUCUCACUAGUCAUUGGCAGACUUCCAGUGUUUUACAAGCAUAGAGAUCUAUUGUUCUAUCCAGCAUGGACAUACACUCUCCCCGACUUCCUACUGAAAAUCCCAAUUUCAGUACUUGAGUCCCUAGUUUGGAUGAUCAUGACCUAUUUCACCAUUGGGUUCGCCCCCGAAGCUAGCAGGUUUUUCAAGCAAUUCUUGCUCGUAUUCUUGAUUCAACAAAUGGCUGCUGGACUUUUCAAAGCCACUGCCGCAGUGUCAAGGAGUAUGAUGAUUGCUAAUACUGGAGGAGCUCUUUCUCUUCUUCUCAUCUUUCUACUUGGUGGUUUUAUCCUUCCUCAGAACUUGAUUCCAAAAUGGUGGAUUUGGGGUCACUGGGUCUCGCCUCUUUCUUACAGUGUGAAAGCAUUGGCAGUUAAUGAGAUGUUUGCCCCUAGGUGGAUGAACCAACUGGUAGACGGCGUUCCGUUGGGCAUCCAAGUACUUAGGAACUUCGCUAUCUACCCAGUGGAAUAUUGGUACUGGAUUGGUGCUGCUGCCCUUUUCGGGUUCACUGUUCUAUUUAACAUUAUCUUCACGUUAGCGCUAAUGUACCUCAAUCCUGUUGGGGGACCUCAAGCUAUAAUAAGUGAUGAAACAGCUGACGAAAUGGAAACAAUCCCUGAAGGAACAAAAGAAGAACCAAGGCUCAAACCAUCACGGUCUAAAAUUGAUGCGGUACCUAGAUCUCUGAGGGAAGCCGAUGGAAACAAUUCGAGAGAGAUGGCACUACAAAGAAUGAGCAGUGUAAUGAGGUCGCAUGGGAAUGGUAGUAGACAUGUUGAUUCUUUUGACGGAGCGAACGGUGUUGCUGCAAAGAAAGGAAUGGUUCUUCCAUUCACACCUCUAGCCAUGUCCUUCAACGCCGUAAAUUACUUUGUUGACAUGCCUCCUGAAAUGAAAGCUCAAGGAGUUCCAGAAGACAGAUUACAACUACUAAGAGAAGUGACUGGAGCUUUCAGGCCUGGUGUCCUAACUGCACUGAUGGGAGUUAGUGGAGCAGGAAAAACAACACUCAUGGAUGUUCUUGCCGGACGAAAAACUGGUGGUUACAUUGAAGGAGAUGUCAGAAUUUCCGGGUACGUCAAGAAUCAAGAGACUUUUGCAAGGAUUUCAGGAUACUGUGAACAAAAUGAUAUCCACUCUCCACAAGUUACUGUCAGAGAAUCCUUAAUCUAUUCUGCUUUUCUACGUCUCGACAAGGAAAUCAAGGCAGAGGAUAAGAUGAUCUUCGUUGAUGAGGUAAUGGACCUUGUAGAACUUGAGAAUUUGAAGGAUGCUAUAGUUGGGCUUCCAGGAGUUUCAGGACUUUCAACAGAGCAGAGAAAGAGACUGACAAUAGCCGUGGAGCUUGUUGCUAAUCCUUCUAUUAUAUUCAUGGACGAACCAACUUCUGGUCUUGAUGCAAGGGCAGCUGCUAUUGUUAUGAGAGCUGUUAGAAACACGGUUGAUACUGGACGGACAGUUGUCUGUACAAUUCAUCAACCUAGCAUUGAUAUCUUUGAAUCUUUCGACGAGCUUUUAUUGAUGAAGCGAGGAGGUCAAGUUAUUUAUGGUGGACCUUUGUGCAAGCAUUCACAUAAGAUUGUUGAAUACUUUGAGGCUAUUCCUGGCGUUCCAAAAAUCAAAGAGAAGUACAACCCUGCAACAUGGAUGCUGGAAGUAAGCAAUAAUGCAGCUGAAGUUCGUCUUGGAAUGGAUUUCGCUGAGCACUAUAGAUCAUCUGCAUUGUUUGGACGAACCAAGGAAAUGGUGAAGGAGCUAAGCACACCACCCCCAGGAUCAAAAGAUCUUUAUUUUCCUACUCAAUAUUCUCAAUCAACAUGGGGUCAGUUCAAAUCUUGCCUUUGGAAACAAUGGUGGACUUACUGGAGAAGUCCGGAUUAUAACCUUGUCAGAUACUUCUUCACCUUGGCUGCUGCUCUCUUGCUCGGGACAGUCUUUUGGCAGGUUGGAACCAAAAGGGAUUCCUCAACCGAUCUGAAUAUCAUUGUUGGCGCCAUGUAUGCUGCUGUAUUGUUUGUUGGUAUCAAUAAUUGUUCGACCGUGCAACCAAUUGUUGCUAUCGAAAGAACAGUUUUCUAUCGAGAAAGAGCUGCAGGAAUGUACUCAGCACUACCAUAUGCCAUUUCACAGGUUGUUACUGAAAUACCUUAUGUAUUGGUGCAAACUACAUAUUAUACACUUAUUGUGUAUGCAAUGAUCAGCUUUCAAUGGACAGUAGCGAAGUUUUUCUGGUUCUACUUUGUAACCUUCUUUUCUUUCCUCUACUUCACUUAUUACGGAAUGAUGACGGUCUCUAUCACACCAAACCACCAAGUUGCAGCAAUCUUCGCAGCCGCUUUCUAUUCACUCUUCAAUCUUUUUUCGGGUUUCUUCAUUCCCAGACCUAAAAUUCCCAAGUACUGGGUAUGGUAUUACUGGAUUUGCCCGGUUGCAUGGACUGUUUACGGUCUUAUUUUAUCGCAAUAUGGAGAUGUUACUGAUACAAUCACAAUCCCUGGACAAUCAUCUCCUAAGGCUAUUAAUGUUUAUGUUCAAGAGCACUUCGGAUAUCAAACCGAUUUCAUGGGACCUGUUGCGGGUGUUUUAGUCGGAUUCACAGUCUUUUUUGCAUUCAUGUAUGCAUAUUGCAUCAAAUCCUUGAACUUCCAAACAAGGUAGACAGCAGCAUCACAGAAGGAAAUGUAGUCUGAAGUUGCAACCAAGCUGGUUAAGGGAAGGGUUAUAGAGAUCAGUGUUAAAGAGAAUGUUUAGUCAAUGUAUGCUAGAAAUUACCAAUCUUUGUGUACAUAUAUGUAUGAGGCUAUAUAAGUAAAUAUUGUAAUAGUUUUGCUUAGAUUUUUUCGUUGUAAAUCAAAGGAUGAAAGACAUCCUUUGUACAUCUCUGUUAUCUUGAUUUUUAUUUUUAACAAUUUUAUAAAUGAAAGGAAAUUAAACA